AUGAAUAUCACUUGUAGAAUCAACAGACCUUGCAUCCAGCUAUGGUCUGCUAAAGUAUGCCGAAAUUACAGCGCAACAACAAAGACAAAUAUUGCUAUCCCAAAACAACAGGAAGUCAGAGAACUUUUAGUCAAUCUCAUGGAUACAGGGCCUAGUAAAAGAGAAUUGCAACACUUUUUAAAACGCUUUGGACCUGAAGUCAAGAGUCAAAAGCCAACGUUACUCUCUGGAUUUGAAGAAAUCAAAGGCGCUCCAGGUGUGAAAUCACCAAAAGAAUACGUCAAUGAACUACUGGCACCCACAUACCAUCAGUUAGCAUUGACAAAGGUCGAAGGUCCGUUUGACAAGAGCGAUUGGCAAAAGGUGGGCAACACACUGUACAAAUUACAAAAGUUGGGCCUGUCAUCUAUUGUUGUAUCUGAUAACCCAAGCUGGCGCACCGACAAAUCGUCGCCGAGCGAGUUGGCCAAGCGCAUGUUUAGUGAGAGUAUGACGCUGGUGGAAUCGAUUGAACAGGCAGGCGGUCGAGCACGACUUGUAUACAGUUCCGCAUUAGAGAGAUCAUCCAAUUCAGCCAAUGCAAUCGACAUCAAUUUGGAUUUCAUCCUAUCUGCAUUGAACAACAAUCAAAUCCCUAUUGUGGUACCUAUUCUCACAGAGCACGAUGGUCAGCUAGUGCCUGUCAAUGCAAAUGAAGCAGUCGUUGCACUGACUCAAAGACUCAAAACUCAGGCACUGGAUCCUAAAUUAGUGCCAUCCAAGAUUGUCAUUAUCAACAAGGAAGGUGGCAUCCCAAAUCACAAUCUUCCCGGCACAGCCCACAGUCUUGUCAAUGUGCAAGAGGAAUUCAGUGACAUUGAGUCAGCAUUUUCCAAGAAUACCGAGUGGAACAAAUCAUAUCCUAGCACCUUGGAUGAUUUAGCCAUGGUGCGAGAUUGCUUGGAUCAAUUACCUACCUCUUCCUCGGCGAUUAUUGCUCCCACAGCAUCGUUACCAUCUGCAUUGAUUACAAAUCUAGUGACAGACAAACCUCUGUACUCAUCAUCCUUACCUGUGACUCAUCAUACCCGCAUCAAUCAGGCCAAAACAACUGUGCUUCGUCACGGCAUCAAGAUCAACAACUACUCCCAUGUCAGUGAUCUCAAUCUCAACCGACUCACCGAGCUACUGGAAGCUAGUUUUCAAAAGAAAGUAGACACAGACGCAUUCUAUGGAAGAUUGGAGCAUGUAUUAGCAGGCGCCAUCAUUGCAGGCGAUUAUGAAGGAGCAGUGAUCAUGACCAACGAAACAGCCAAUAAUACACAGCAUGCCUACCUGGAUAAAUUUGCCAUUGCACCCUCCAGUCAAGGCAUUGGCCUGACUGACAUCUUGUGGAAACGCAUGUGCGAUCGAUACCCUGAAUUACUAUGGAGAAGUCGAACAGAUAACGGAGUCAACAAAUGGUACUUUGAAAGAUCAAACGGCUAUUUACGAUUACCUAAUACCAGUUGGGUGCUUUUCUGGCAUGGCAGGAAUGGCUAUCGUCAUGUUGAUGAGUACUCUAAGAUUGCAACACGUAUCCCUGCUUCAUUUUUGCCACCACAACAAGGCUGA